CAUUAUUGUAUUGGCAACACUGAUCUAUGCCUGUUGCUUCGAUUACUUUUUAGGUUAGGGCAGUUUUGGUAAUUCACCCAGAUUUUAUACUCGAAUUUAAAAACUUUUUGAAUAAGUCUACAUAUAAAUAUAUCUGUAUUAUGAGCAUUGACAAUUCCUUGGCGCGGCUAACAAUAGCCGAUAAUUUACCAAAUGAGAAUGUGUUUAAGAACCCCUCUAAGUUACCCAUAAAUGAAAUACAUAUGGAACGCUCUUGGCGAGAGUUGAAGAGAAACCUUUCCACCGGCUUUGACUGGGAAGACAGGUCGGAAAAAGAUCUAGAACAAUCGUGCUUCGAACUAAAAAAAGAAAUUAUUCCUGCGUUGGACAAGAGAUGGUUGCUAAAACUGUCUUUCCACAAAUUUGCACCAGUUUGCAUACCGCAGCAGGAUGGUGAAAACACAGCCUUUUUAGCUGAAAAUACUUUAUUUAUUGAUUCGCUUGAUUAUUUGCUGACUUGUGAUUAUCACCAUUUCUGGUGCUGUAUCCUGUUCGAAGAAUCAGCAACUACUGCGAUAAGAAGUUUUCUUUUGAAACCAGUUCUACCAUUCGAAGCGAAUUACCUAGAGGGUGAAUAUAUGGAAGUGUACAAAACAGUAUUUAACAAGUUUUUGUUGGUCUACAAGAAACUGUUAACAUUUAAGCAGAGUGAGACAGAAUAUAUGUCCCAAUCAUUUGGACUGGCCAAAUUAAAAGAACGAAAGCUCAUCAAUCUUCCCAUUGUGAUAACUCUAGCUGUCUUAUAUCAAGAUAGUGAUUUAGAAUUUGUAAAUGAAACAGUAGAUAUCUAUUUUAAUGAUGCUACCGAAGUGGAGUAUCUUACUAAAGAAGUGGAUUUUUUCAUAGAGCAAAACCUUAUUAUAUUAGAAAUGAUUGGCGGCCAGGUCUGUGGAUUUGAUGAAUCGGUGGAAGCUGUUCCUAUUUCCAUCGAAAAAAGACCGGCUAUUUUCAGCCUAUCUUGGGUUUAUUCAGUUGUUAACUAUUUGUUGUGUUCUGUUAUCACGUCACAGGUAUUAUUUACUUUCUUCAAACCCAGCAUAGAAAUCGCGACGCAGAAGAACUUUCCAUUCAGGCUUCCCUAUAUAUAUGUAAAUAUAUACCGAGAUUUAUAUGAACUAUUAGAUGAAAGAGAAGAAGCACACACUCAAGAGAACCUGUUCAAAAUGGUUAUUCAAGAAAUUAACUUGGGGCGUACUGAAUUUAUUGAAACAUUUCAUUUGUUUGUGUCGAACUGUUUGGAUGAAGCUCUGAAACAUACGGGUGACAGUGACAAACAAGAACCAAUCAUAGAGAAUUAUAUAAGACUGUUGACAACAGCAUUAGAAGACGAUUAUUUUAUCUGUGAUUAUAAUGCCGCACACAAUGUCGCAUCUCAGAACGAAAUGUUUGAGAGUUGUUGCGAAAUUGAUUCCACUCAGACCGAUUUCAUUGUUUCAUGCAUAAUAAAAUUACCGCGGAAUAAAAAAUUGCAAGAACUAACCGAAUUAAAGAAGAAAACUAUAGAAAGUGUGUUCAAAGAAUUCAUCCCGGUAGUUCCAGAAGAGCCAGAAGAGGAUAUUGCUCAACCUGGUCCUUCAAGAGGCCUCACAGAACUACCCGAGAGUGAAAUUGAUCAAAAAAUUCAAAGUAUUAUGGAUAUGUUUCCACAUUUAGGAGAUGGUUUUGUGUUGCAGUGUCUUGAAUCAUAUAAUUUUAAUACAACCGAUGUCAUAAAUGCAAUUUUGGAAGACAAUUUACCUCCGCAUUUAUCAGAAAUUCCGUUUGAUGGAAUUAGAAUACCGGCAGAGCCCGAACCGGAGAAACCCGUCCUGGCUUAUACAGGCAAAAAACCUGAAUACGACGAUGCACUAAAACUAUUAAAUGAUAAAACUGAUAUCAAAGCAAUCAAGAAUCUGGUGCUGGAAGGAAUCCAAUACAACUACGAACACAUGUAUGAUGAUGAAUAUGAUGAUCGGUUUAACGACGAUGUUGCAAUACCGGUAGCAGAUAAUCCGGUAGGAGAGGAGUUGCAGGCUUUUAAUCCUAAUAGACAGGGCAGACGCAAAGAAUCCGAGAGCGAAGACGAAGAAUCAGAGGAGGAAACUAAUGAACAUUCGGCGGACCGAAAUAGAUUUAACUUCUGUGAGGACCCGGCUGUAAUAAGGGCAAGACGAGAAGCUAGAUAUAGAACUGGACAAGCAGGGGCCAGUGGUAGCACUUCACAAUUAAAACCAAAAGGGGACGUUGUUGGUAAACCGAAGGGACAAGGACAGGAUAAAAACACGCUUCUCAAUAGACAGAAAAAAGCUGCCAAUAAAUCUAGCCGGGCUAACCACAAUAGAAAAGGUGGGGCUCAGUGGAAAAGAACCAGAGGAAUGGUACCUUCAUGAAUUUAUUUUUGUUUAAAAACUUACCAAAGUAACUUUGGAAAAGUAACUAGUUGUUGAAUCACAAGUCAAUUUUUAUCCAUUUUUAAUACAUUUGUAUCAUGUGCUUGUAUUUUA